CUCCAUAGCCACACCAGCCUUUCUCCCAGAUCUAAUAGGACCUCCCAUCUCCCCAGCUGCCUUAGCUCUGGCUUCCCCCAUGAUUUCCCCAGCUCUGAAGGGAACCCCCUCUUCUUCAGCUCCUUUGUCUCUGGUGGCCCUGGCCCCUCCUUCUGCUCAAAAGGGCCUGGAUGCUUCACCCAAUUUUGUGAGCCCAACUACACCUGGGAUAGUCGCAUCUCUGCCAACUCCUCCUAAUCCCAGAAUUCCAAACCCCAAAGGGGCUUCCACCUCUGCCACUGUUAAGUCUCCUGACCUAAAAGGCACUCCCACACCUCCUGGUGGAGGCACUGUUCACUCUAAGGCAAACCCUAUUCACCAAACAGCCCAAGCUGCUGCUGGGUCCACCCCUAAUCUGGCAAGCAUGGCUCCCAAACCUCCCUCUUCUGCCUUCAUGCCUCUUCUGGGUCCUCCUGUAUUACCUGCAGAGCAGAUUGUUUCUCUUGACUCUGGAGCUACAGUUCAGAUGCCUUCUGAAACUUCUUUAAAACCUAAAAGCCCUACCCCAACCACCAUUCCUCUAGAUAUCUCUCCCCAGGUAUCUUCAAGCUCCUCUACCAUCCUAGGAUCCCCUGGCACUCCUCUUUUUCCUAAAGACCCUUUGGUUUCUCGUGCUAUGUCUGGUUCUCCUGUGGGGAGCCCAUUUUCCUUAUCAAUUCCUUCUGUUCAAAAAGAUCCCUCUUCUAUAAGCAUAGUCCCUAAAAUAUCUUCUGGAUCCCCAUUUGUUGCCCCUUCUCCACCAGUAUCCCCUACGUAUCCCUUGUCCCCUCCUGUUCCAUCUUUAGGACCCAAAGCCCCCCCCUUUGGGAAUCCAUCCCUAAAAGGAACCCCUACUCCUGUUGUAACAACCACACAGGUAGCCAUGCUUACUCCCCCUACUGGAACUGCUACUGUGUCCAUUUCUCUUGAGGAAAGCAACUUGAGUAAACCUGUUAUUCCUUCAGAUUCAGCAGACCCCAAAGCUAAGAGAGAUUUCAAUAUUCUCCCCACAACCUUGCCUUUAUCUGCUGUAGUCCCUAAGGAUCCUUCUGUUGCCCAGGUUACAGUUCCUUCUCUCAAGGCUCCUAUCUCUCCAGCUCUGAAAGAUCUCAAAGAUUCCCAAGAUGUCCCUUUAGCUCCUCUCAGAGUCUCAGCUCCAAUCCAAACAGAUUCUCCAAACCAGAAAGUUCCUAUUACAUUACCUUUGGCCCACGUGGCUUCCCAAAGUCCCUCCUCUUGUUCUUUGAAAUCCUCACCUGCUUCUCCAUGUCAAGAAACCACCCCAGUAAAAAAGGAUCUUGUAGGAUCCCCUCUUCCUGUCUCAGCCCCUCCAAAAGUCCCUGUAUCCAAAAUGGAUCUUUCUCCUGCCUCUCCUCAGGGUCCCCCUUCUCCAGCUCAGAUGGGCUCCACAACAAAGAAAGAUCCUGCUACUCCACCCUCUCUCUCGGCUGCAGCUCCAAAAGGGCAUAAGGCUAAAAAGGACCCUGCAGCUGCACCUACUUCUUUGCCUUUGACCCCAUCAUCUCCUGAAAGUUCCCAUAUUCCUUCGGUUGUAGCCAUUUCUCCUUUGGGGACCUCAGUCACUCCUCAGACUACAGAGGUGCUCCCAGAUAAGAUGAGUUCUACUGCGAUCCCCACUUCCUUGACUCUAGCUUCCACUAUUCUUCAGAGUGUACCAAUUCCAUCCGUUUUAGCAGCUCCUACAGCUCUAUCUCCCAAAAAGACUCCUGAUUCCCCAGAAGUAGCCACUUCUCCUUUAGAGGCCACCAUCCCUCCUAACAGUAUCUCAACUGAAAAGGACUCUAUUUCCUUCCUUGCUUCUGAUCUGGCCAUAACCACACCAUCUCCUAAAGGGUCACCUACAACCCUAGUUGUGCUGCCUCCAGCCCCCAAAGGAACCCCCACUGCUAUACCAGCUGUGCCUCCUCCAGCUCCCAAAGGGACCCCUGCCACUAUACCAGCUGCAGUUCCACCAGCUCCCAAAGGGGCCCCCACUACUUCACCAGCUGUGCCUCUAGCCCCCACUGCUCCUCCAGCCCCCAAAGAAGUCCUCACAGCUCCACCAUCCCCCAAAGAGGCCCCCACUGCUCCAUCAGCUACAACUCCACUCCCUAAAGGGCUUCCUGCUCCACAAGUUGCUACUCCACCCCCCAAAGGGGCCCCUAUUUCACCAGCUGUGCCUUCUCUAUCCUCCAAUGGGGUCCCCACCACUCCACCAGCUGUUCCUUCUCCAUCCCCUAAAGGGGGCCCUGCUCCAGCUGUACCGGGCUCUCCUCAAACUCCUAAAGGGUCUUCAGCCAAGAAGGGCUCUGUUACUUCCCCUGCAAUUCCUAAAGGUGCCCCCACUCCCCCAGCCUCUUCUCCUUUCGAGGCCAUUGCCUCUCCUCCAGCUCCUAAAGGGCCCCCAACCAAGAAGGGCUCUGCUACUUCCCCUACAAUUCCUAAAGGUACCCCCACUUCUCUAGUCUCUACUCCUCUGACCCCCACAGUCACUUCUGAUUCUUCAUCUGUGGCAACCUCUCCUUUGGAAGUCACUGGCUCUCCUCCUACUCCUAAAGGACCCCCAACCAAAAAGGGCUCUGCUACUUCCCCUGCAGCUCCUAAAGAUGCCCCCACUCCUCAAGCCUCUUCUCCUUUGGAGGCCACUGACACUCCUCCUGCUCCUAAAGGACCCCCAAACAAAAAGGGCUCUGCUACUUCCCCCGCAGCUCCUAAAGAUGCCCCCACUCCCCCAAUCUCUUCUCCUUUGGAGGCUACUGACUCUCCUCCUGCUCCUAAAGGACCUCCAGCCAAGAAGGGCUCUGCUACUUCCCCUGCAGCUCCUAAAGAUGCCCCCACUCCCCCAAUCUCUUCUCCUUUGGAGGCUACUGACUCUCCUCCUGCUCCUAAAGGACCUCCAAACAAAAAGGGCUCUGCUGUUUCCCCUGCAGCUCCUAAAGGUGCCCCCACUCCCCCAAUCUCUUCUCCUUUGGAGGCUACUGACUCUCCUCCUGCUCCUAAAGGACCUCCAGCCAAGAAGGGCUCUGCUACUUCCCCUGCAGCUCCUAAAGAUGCCCCCACUCCCCCAAUCUCUUCUCCUUUGGAGGCUACUGACUCUCCUCCUGCUCCUAAAGGACCUCCAGCCAAGAAGGGCUCUGCUACUUCCCCUGCAGCUCCUAAAGAUGCCCCCACUCCCCCAAUCUCUUCUCCUUUGGAGGCUACUGACUCUCCUCCUGCUCCUAAAGGACCUCCAGCCAAGAAGGGCUCUGCUACUUCCCCUGCAGCUCCUAAAGAUGCCCCCACUCCCCCAAUCUCUUCUCCUUUGGAGGCUACUGACUCUCCUCCUGCUCCUAAAGGACCUCCAGCCAAGAAGGGCUCUGCUACUUCCCCUGCAGCUCCUAAAGAUGCCCCCACUCCCCCAAUCUCUUCUCCUUUGGAGGCUACUGACUCUCCUCCUGCUCCUAAAGGACCUCCAAACAAAAAGGGCUCUGCUGUUUCCCCUGCAGCUCCUAAAGGUGCCUCUUCUCCUUUGGAGGCCACUGUCUCUCCUCUUGCUCCUAAAGGACCUCCAGCCAAGAAGGGCUCUGUUACUUCCCCUGCAGCUCCUAAAGAUGCCCCCACUCCUCUAUCCCCUAAAGAAGCAACUCUCUCGCCUCAAACUCCUAAAGGGUCUGUACCCCAAAAGAGCUCUGCUGCUCUCUCUGACUUGGCUCACAAAGAAACUCCUUCAGAUGUGAUUCUACCCCUCAAAGAUGGCCCCAUUCCUCCAUCUCCCAAAUCAGCUUCUCCUUCCACAGUGUUGACUAUGACCCCAAAAGGGGCCAGUGAUUACACAUCUGAAGGAGUCUCUCCUUUAGAGGCCACUGCCUCUCCUCCAGCUCCUAAAGGGCUCCCAGCCAAGAAGGGUUCCACUGCUUCAACUGUGGCUCCUAUAGCUCCCAAGGGUACACCUAUUGUCCCAACUCCAAAAGGCCCAUUGGGCAAAAAAGACCAUGCAACUCCUGUUUCCCCAGCAGCUUCCUCUGCUCCCUCAGCUAAGAUUGGCACUACAGGAGCACCUCUAAGCCAAAAAGGUGCUUCCCCCCAGACCCCUAAAGGUCCCCCAAUUCUUACUGAAAGGGCAGAAGGACCUUUUUCCUCUUCAAAGGAUCUCAUGGUGCCUGCUCCAGCCCCAUCCUCUCCUUCAGUAGCUGCUGCCUCUGAAUCCAACCUUACUAAGGCUGAGUCAGCUUCUCUCUCUCCAGCUCCCAUCCCACCAGUUUCUUUGCUUCUCGUUCCCUCCCCAGCCCCUUCCCCUUUGCUCCCUAAACAGCAGCCUCUUCUGCCGUCCUCACCUGGGCUGGUGCCCGAAGCACCCUCUAAGCCCCAAGCCCCAGCUGAUGAGGACGAGCUGCCGCCUCUGAUCCCCCCGGAACCACCCUCAGGGGGAGUGCCAUUCCAGCCGGUCCUGGUGGACAUACCCACCCCCAAACCUGCUGGGGUCCCUGCCCCGGUCCCUCCUGUCAAGCAGCCCGUUUUGAAGAACAACAAGGGGUCUGGCACAGAAUCUGACAGUGAUGAAUCAGUACCAGAGCUUGAAGAACAGGAUUCUACCCAGGCAACCACGCAACAGGCCCAGCUGGCAGCAGCCGCUGAGAUCGAUGAGGAACCAGUCAGUAAAGCAAAACAGAGUCGAAGUGAAAAGAAAGCACGAAAGGCUAUGUCCAAACUGGGACUUCGACAAGUGACAGGUGUUACUAGAGUCACCAUCCGGAAAUCUAAGAAUAUCCUCUUUGUCAUCACAAAGCCAGAUGUCUACAAGAGCCCAGCUUCAGAUACCUACAUCGUCUUUGGGGAAGCCAAGAUUGAAGAUCUCUCUCAGCAGGCACAGUUAGCUGCUGCUGAAAAAUUCAAAGUUCAGGGUGAAGCCGUCUCAAACAUACAGGAAAAUACACAGACUCCAACCGUACAAGAAGAAAGUGAAGAAGAAGAGGUUGAUGAAACAGGUGUGGAGGUGAAAGACAUAGAACUGGUCAUGUCCCAAGCAAACGUAUCCAGAGCAAAGGCUGUCCGAGCCCUAAAGAACAACAGUAAUGAUAUUGUAAAUGCUAUUAUGGAAUUAACGAUGUAACAAUCUGGAGACGAAGACAUUUUUUUCAGUGUUUCAGAGAAGAUUAAAUGCAACCUGAUUUGAAAUUUGUACUGUUUCUAUCAAUAAAGUUGUGGCUUCUUGUUGGAUGAA